AUGCUGCCAAAGUGGGCAACCCAUCGCGCUAUGGGGACAAUGGUGGUGAUGCUGCUGUUCGGCGCUACAUUUUCCAUAGGCCACCACUUCUUUUAUCAAAGCUUGUCAGGAAAGCCGCCGCCAAGCUCAGUAUAUUUCAGCCAUCUUGGUGGCGGCUUAACUGGACAACAAGUUAACUUGGCCGUCGGCUCCGUAUUUGCCUUCCUUGUCAACUCUGCUUUUGGCGCUGUGAUAACCACUGCGGCGGAUCAGGCGCUGUGGGCAACGGUUCGGACAAAAACAUUGAAGCUGGGCACUAUUGACAACUUGGCGACCGCGACAACCGGAAUCUGGAGUAUAUUUGACUUCCGAUUGUGGAGAGAGAGCCCGAUUAGGAUGAUUCUAGUCACUAUUUUAUGGCUUAUAUCCAUUACGUCUUUCAUAACACCAGCCACCCUUAACGUAGUAUGGUCAGCAACAACGUCCACAUCCUUAAUGAGAGUCCCACAGAUCGAUUUUACCAGUUUGAACUUUGCCAACAUACAAUCACAACCAAGCCUCUCGCCUAUGUAUGCAUACAGCAAUCCCCAAUACGCUGUCCUGCAAACAGUGGCGGGAAGCACGACAGGAGGUUAUGUCUUGCCAAUAUCCUCACCAUACGACAAUGCUACAUGGCUGCUGGAAUUUCCCGGGCCGGCUCUGUCGUGCGAAAGCAUUAACAAAGCAUCGGCUUUGUAUCACAACAUCUCUGAUAAUAUCCUCAACGCAAUGACUGCGGGAGCAGCCGGUUGCGUGCGAUCUUUCGGCUACCUCUCUUGGGUGCCGACUGUCCCCGAUAUCAAUUCCGGAGCCAUCAGCUCGUUACCCUUCCCUAGCCUCUUUAAUAUCUCGGAUAGCAAAUUGAGUAGUGCUGUAUAUGAACCACCAUCACUGCCGCUCGGGCCAGUAAGCAGGGACGCUGAAGUAUUGGAACUCUAUAUCGCAGCCAUGCCGGGCAUGGAUCAGAACACAAACUUUACAUACGUCAACAACAUUCAGAGCGUAAAUAUUACAACGCAAGGCUCGUUCAAUAACAUCUCGGCGAUGGAACCCAUCGCAGGUACAUCUCCGCUCGAAAUUAACCAAACCCUUCACAAUCCGCCCAUGUACAAUGUACAAGGAGUCGAAAAUUAUGCUUAUGAGGCUGUAAUGGAUGCUUUUGGGCGAAUGUUUGUGGGAGCUAUCGUCCGUGACUUUGACGGCGAUGCGUAUGGGAACACUGUGGGGGUAACAAUUGCUGCCGAUAUGGCAUCAACACCGCUCUUACGAACGAAAGACUUCAACUUCUUGCAGCCUCUUAUUGUGACAGGUAACUCAAAGUUCCUGAAAGGGUUUGCUGAUUCCCCAAUACUGUGGAACGGCAAUUCUGUCGAAGCAGCAGCCAACUCGACCAUCCCUAUGGCUGGGGUUAUGGAGGAGCUAUUCCGCAAUGCCACUGUGUCCCUAAUGAGCAAUUCUUUGUUGCAGCCCAAUUAUUCUUCCCCAUACGCACCACCUGAUGUACCCGUGACACAGACACACUAUGCUUUAAUUUACUCAUAUGCGGCCAAUACUCUUUGGCUUGCGUAUGGAAUUGCCCUUGGUAUGACUCUUCUUAGUAUCUUGCUAGGCGUUGUCUCUAUAUACCAUAAUAGUGGUUUCUCGUAUAUGUCUAAAUUCUCUACGAUACUUCGAGUUACCCACUGUAUUGAUCUUUCAGAUGCCAUACAACCUGAAGAUAAAGAUGGGAAAGAUCCGACGCCACGAUACAUUAAGAAUUUGACGGUUUCAUUUCCGCCAACUGGAGAUACAGUGCGUUAUAGACGAGCUACGAAAGAUUCUGAGGGAGGGCAACUGCGGUAG